AUGGUUUCUACUGAUCACGGGGGAGAGUUCGCUUUCUGGAGACCCAAGGACAAGGAAUGGAAUUUUAUAUCAUCAAAACUAGAUACAUGGGAUUGGGAUUCAGAUAGGCGAUCUUAUGAUAUAGCUUAUUACAGAGGACAAUUUUAUAUCGUCGACUCCGAUGGCCGUGUGUUGGUUUUUGACAUUGAUGACCCGGAGGAUGCAACAGCAAAUAAGGUGGCUGUUUCAGAGAGUCCAACAUGGAGGAGUAGAUAUAGUGUAAAUCAACUGUACCUGGUAGAAUCAGGUGGUGCCUUACUGUUGGUUUUAAGGCUUGAACACACUUGUCAAAAUGGGUUUAGGGUUUUUGAGGUGCCACUUAGUAGUGGGAACUGGUUGGAAGCGGAGGAGGUAAAGAACUUGGGGAACCGAGCCUUGUUUCUAAGUUUGAGAAAUUCUUCCUUCUCCAUAGAGGUCUCAGGCUCUUCUGGUUGCAAGGCCAAUUGCAUAUACUUUGCAAGACAUCGGAGUAGUAAAUCUACUCGGACUCAUUUUGAGCUGGGAGUUUUUAGUAUGGAAGAUAGGGAAGUCCAACCAUUCAUACCGAACUCAUGUCACGUUCAGAAACCAUAUGUAUGGACUCAGCCAACUUUCUGA